AGCCAAUACCUCUGAAACGGCACAAUUUUCUACAGCCAGAGGUGAUGUUGACAAUACCUUUUUAUGGCAUUUAAGAAUGGCUCAUUUAAAUGUAUCUGAUGUCAACAAGCUGCCUAUUGCUGCCGAGGGUGUGACUAUUGAAACAAAAAGUGACAAUAUCAGAUGUACUCAUUGUGCAGAAGGAAAACAGACAAGACUGCCAUUCAACAAGGUGGGUUCCAGAGCCACACAGCCCCUUGAGCUCAUACAUUCUGACUUAUGUGGGCCGAUGGAACACCUAUCAGUCUCAGUUGAUCUCCAAGGAGAAGAAGACCUGUCAUCAGUCAGCUCCAGUAGUUCCUCUGACAAGGAGGAGAGCCCAGUGACCAGUGAUGACAGCUCGAAAGGUAACACCGCAGCUCAUUUGAGUCCGACAAAUUCCGACGGUACACCAGGCAGCAAAGGUAAGGCUAUAAAGCCUGUAAAAGAUAAUAACAGUGAAGAUUCUAAUAGUGAAUAUCAGACUGAUACGGAUGAUCUUGAUGAAACCUACUAUCCCCCGGUAAAUACAAGUUUAUCGCAAAGUCAGGACAAGAAAAUGACUCUAAGGCCCCGCAAGAAUGCAAAUGAGAAUACUCUGUUCUGUUUAUACACUAAUUUGUCCGAUCCACAGUCAGUAGAAUAA